CGGUGACUGUAAUCAACAUGGUGUCUGUCCAUCAUAUCAGUAGUUCAUAGCAGGUGUUUGAUUAGAUAUUUCCAGAAGUAUAUAAAUACAGAAAUUUUCAAUUUCCAGUCACUAUUCGAUCAGAUUACCUCCAGAACGCACCAUGACGUACACGAAACUCGCAGCCGUUGUUAUCUUCGCCCUGUGCCUGGCCACCGGUAUUCGGGCAUCCAGUGCCCCCUUCAGAAAGUGCAAAUCGGGCGCACCGACUCCAAUUGAUUUUCGUAUGAAUACCUGUACAUCUGAACGGUGCCUGCUUUACACAGGUGAAACUGCGGAAGCCGAAUGGGACUUCGAAGUCACUGCCGAAACGGAGUUUUUGAAGCCGAAGGUACGAGCCAUAGUCUUUGGCCUGUACGUGUCGUACGAUAUCGGACAGGAGAAUGCUUGUGACUCUCUAACAAACGCUGUCUGUCCUCUGGACGUGAAUGAAGAAAUAACUUACGCUUUACGGAUGCCAAUUCUGGCGGAGUACCCAAAAGUAUCCCUUGACAUCGAAUUCUCGCUGGUCGACGACAAGGGUGACGCCCAGGUCUGCUUGAUAAUUCCUGCCAAAGUCACCGACCGAACUUGAUCGAAUCUUUUCUCCUCAUCGUAUAAUAAAUUAAUCGUAUACUUUUUCUUCC